AUGUAUACGGCUGCGGUGCUGGCUAUAGUCGGCGCUGGCAGCAUCUACACCUGCAAAGUUGACACGUCCAUGGCCAUGACAUUCAUCAACAGAUUGAUGAAAGGCAUCAAGCAAAUACCCAGCCUAGCUUAUAACUAUGGCCUGAAGCAGACAUGCAUCUCUGUCCUUGGUGCGUCCUUCUUAGGAUCUAUCCCUCCGUCGACUCCUGCGCUGUCGACUCUUGCAUACAUUGCUGGCGGCAUCGUGCUUCUGUACCUGGCGUACUGGUGGGCACUUCCCAAGCCCAUUCCAGGCAUCCCUUACAACAAACCAGCCAUCAAAUUACUGCUCGGCGAUGUUGGCUCCAUGGUUAAGCACAUAUCGAAAACGCAGGAGGUUCACGAUUGGAUGAGCGCGCAGAAUGUCAAGUUAAACUCGCCCAUUGUUCAACUAUUUACUCGUCCCUUUGGCCGGCCCUGCGUUGUUGUUACCAACUACCUCGAGGCACAGGAUAUCCUAGUUCAUCGUACCAAGGAAUUCGAUCGCUCCAAAUUCAUUGCUGAUGUCUCGGGCGGCAUCGUGUCAAAGAACCACUUUGUAAUGCAAACUAACGACGAAUUCAGAAAGCAUCACAAAUGGGUGCAAGGCAUUAUGGCAACUGGAUUCCUUCAAGACGUCGCUGCUCCUUACAUGUAUGAGGCUGGUCAGGAUCUGCUGCAGCUCUGGGAGCAAAAGGCGAGACUUGCAAAGGGUAGAGCCUUCGUCGCGUCACAUGAUGUACAUUGUACCACUAUGGAUGCGGUUUGGCCAAUUGUCUUUGGAGCUGAUCCAGUGAAUAGCAACACAAAGGCUCAAUUGCGACUCUAUACUACGAUAAAGGACGUGGAGCUCCCCAACAGCCUUACGGAAGAGGCCGUGUUGCCUCGAGCACCGCACCCAGAAAUGAUGGCGGCGCUGAAGAAGUCCAUCAGGAAUAAGAUGUUUGAUGAGAUUCUUGGAUUCACCAUUGGUGCGCAAGACACAACCUCGACAUCCAUUACCUGGGCUCUUAAGUACCUUGCUGACAAUCCGGAUGUCCAAACAAAGCUGCGGGCUGAGCUGCGAGGCGGACACGCCGAUGCGGCUUCAGAAAGGCGAAUGCCAACCUUUGACGAAAUUACCAAAACCCAGAUUCAUUACAGAGAUGCUGUCAUUGAGGAGAUCUUCCGUUGCUCUCAAACAGAAGCAUCAGCCAUUAGGACAGCGGUUGUCGAUACAGAGAUCUUAGGGCACUUCAUUCCCAAAGGCACAGAAGUCUUCCUGAUGGGCAACGGACCGAGCUUCCUUUUCCCCGAGUUUGAAAUCCAAGACUCUUUGCGCACCAAGUUAUGCCUCGAGUCCAAGGGCAAGGUCGGCGCGUGGAAACAUGACAACAUGGCCAGCUUCAACCCGGACAGGUGGAUGGUGCAAGGACCGAGCGGCAAGUUGGUGUUUGACGCCGCCGCUGGACCUAUGCUUACGUUUGGUCUCGGCGAGCACGGUUGCUACGGUCAAAGAAUGGCAUAUCUUCAGAUGAGGCAGCUUUUAUCAUUGAUUGUGUGGAAAUUUGAACUAUAUCAAUGCCCAAAGGAGUUGAGCAGGUAUGCGGCCUCUGACAAUAUGGCUCAUUCGCCGCAGUUCUGCUAUAUUCAGCCUGCAAAAUUUGUGUAUUGA